AUGACGGCGGACUCAUAUCCUUUACCACGCAUCUGGGAUCAUCUGAGACGAGCCGCCGGACAACGGUACUAUUGCACGCUAGACAUGAACAGUGGGUUCUGGAACGUGCCAAUCGAGGAGGGGAGCAAGGCGCUUACAGCUUUUAUUACUCCGAUUGGCCUCUUCGAGUUUAAUGUCAUACCGUUCGGCAUCAAGAACUCCCCGGCCGAGUUCCAACGCGCCAUGGAUUCGUGUUUCGCUCCGUUGCUAGGAGACAAUGCGUUCUGCUACAUUGACGACAUCGUCAUUUGUGGGAAAGACUUCGAGGGCGUGAUACAGCGAGUGAAGCUCUUCCUGGAACAGU